AUGCCUGCGCUUUCUGUUACCGAUGCGGCUGAGACAAUAGCGAAUAGUGUUCUUUUUUCGCGGGCUGCGAAUGAGACUGGUGAGGCGCUGCAAGUUAUUUGCGCAUGGCCUGUUUCUGGACAGUAUGGAACAGGUACUCGAGUUUUAUACUAUGUCCUCAUCGCUGCGUGCCUUGUCGCGAGGAGGGAGGAAUGGCUGGUGAAUCCUUGUUUGGCCGCUGCGUUAGUGCUGCCAGCUGUUGCCGCUAUUCACGGCAUAGUUUUGACGGCAAUGCACAAUCCCAAUGCGGUCGAUAUGGAUAUUUUUGGAGCCUUUCAGCUCUGCGCAAUUGGUAUUUUGGCAGCACCGGUAACGGUUAUGCUGUCAAAGACAUACUUUAAUGAUCCUGGUAGAAACACUAUUUUUCUGUGGACGUUUCUGUUAUUGAUCGGUCUUUUGAGUAUGACAAUCGAGUUUUACCGCAUCGAAACUCACUCCUGUUUAGUUGACGCAUCGGGCAAUUCAGUAUCACCUAACGCGUCCAAGUUUCACUACAUCGAAGGAAACAACUGCAACCUGACGUGUUCAACGCAAGACGGUCCAUCAUCUCCAAUGCGGGGAGGUUCCGCGAACAAUAUCUAUGUCAUACCUGCACCACAUACCCUCACAUUCGGUACCGCGACUUUGCUCGCUGCAGCCUGUUGUAUACAUGCGGUCCUAUGUCUCGUUUCUAUGUGGGAUAGAGUGCUUGAAAUCAACUGGCGCCGAAGAUUCGGAAAACCGACCGACGACGCGGCAAGUGAAGAUGAUGAGAGCGCCAAUAAAGGUGUCAUGAAGAAAGUCAAUGAUACCAUUGGUUUCUUCCUUCGUAUCCUAGCGAUUCCCGUUUUUGGUGGUGCUGGCUUGGCUAUUCUUAUCGUCGGCGAGAUUAACUUUUUCAGCCCUCAAGUCAAUUACCAGACAGAGCCAAUGGCCAAUAUCGGCCAAUGGGCACCUAUCACAGGCACUGCGAUGGCCAUGAUCGGAUCACUUUAUCUCCUUCUAGCAAGACAUGCCGAUCAAGCAGGCGAGCCAUAUCCAUCGCAUCAUUGCAAUUGUUCUCAUUGUCAUUUUAAUGACGAAAUAAGUCAAGUCUCUCACCAAGAGAGUAUUUCAUCACUGAACAGCCACCAUAUCACAUUGACUGUCACAAACACUGAUACGCGUACAAACAACCAAUUAUCACCGCACCUCGAGCCAACUCAGCCCCGCUCCUCAAUAUCCUCACGACUUCGAGACCCCUCAGUUUACGAAGACCACAAUCAACCCCCUCGCAAUCCCUACAGACAAAAAAUAGAGAAUGCAUUUUUCAGAUUCGGCGAGAUGAUCGGUACACCAGCGCAUGAUUUUAUCACGGAGCCCAAAGUCAAAAGACCAGACCGUGUUGAUUUCCCGAUGAUACCAGGGGAACAAUUUCGGGACUUGGGUGUAUCAGCGGUUGAGAUUGAGAGAGACCAACACCAAGACGAUGAGCUGAGUCCUGUGAGAUCACGACCUGGGAGUUUUAUAGGUAGCGAUACUUCUGUACAAGGCGUUGGCAGAUCUACGUCAAUGCCUAUAUCGCCCCCGCCACUUGCUGUGACGAGACCGAGGUCAAGUACAGGUCCUAGACCGAGACCUGCUUCUUUGUAUCACUAG